AUGAUGGUCUCAUUAGGGUUGGCCAAAGAUUAACAAAAACAAAGUUUGAAAUUAUUUAUACAAAAGAUAGAGAACUACAUUAUGUACACAAUGGUGAAAUUCUUCACAUGUAUUUUCUUAUAAUAAUUAAGAUUAAAAAAUGAUAAUUAAUUAACUCAACCAAAAAUAAUUACAAAUUUAGAAUUAAUCAAGAAUCUCAAAUGGAUUGGUGAAUAUGGAGAAAAUAAUUAAAAAAAAGGGUUAUGGUAAGCUUAAUUGAAUGGUCAAAGGAUAUUAAGAUUUGGUGGUGAGUAUUCAGAAGAUGGUAAAAAAUAAGGAGAAUGGAAGGAAAUCUUAGAAAUGUUUUUUGAGAAAAAAAUUUUAUUUUAUUAACAUUUAUAGUUAAGCAAUAGUUUUUGAAGUGGGAGAAUAUACACUUGAUUUACGUAAAGGAACUUGGAAGUAUGUCUAUUAAGAUAAGAAUAUGUAUAAAUAAUAUAGUUAGUAAUUAGAGGCGGAGGUUAAUAUAACUAUAAUGGUUAAAAGAAUGGAUAAUGGGUAGAGAUAGAUGAGUUAUUUAGUGAGCCUAAAAUUAGACAUAUUGGAUCUUAUAAAAAUGGUAAAAAAAUUGGUAGAUGGGAUAUUUGUUGGUUUGAAAGUUAUUAGAAUUAAUAGUAGUAUUAUUUAGGUUAAAUAAUUAAAGUAGUGGAUCUUUAGAUUAAGCUAGUUGUAAGAAUUAUUUGAAAAAUUGGGUAGACAUGAAGGAUAAUUACAAUAAUGAUAAAUCUUAAAAUGGAAAAAAAGUUCCUUAAUUUAUGAAUAAUGGAAUCGAAUGGAUUAAAAAAAAUAUAAUGUAGUUUUAAUUAUAUAUAUCCUUAUAUUAGUGGUGGUGGUUCAUAUGAUGAAGUAGGCAAUGGGCUUAAGUUAGGUAAUUGGAUAGAAUUAUGGGAUAAUUUCAAGGAUAAUUCUUAAAUAACAUACAAGGGCGAGUAUAAAAAUGGUAAAAAGGUUGGUAGAUGGGAUAUUUGGUUUAACGAUGGAUAAAAUAAAAAGAACAUGUAAAGAUUUAUUAUUUAUCUCUAUAAUAUUAGUGGUGGCGGAUAUUAUGAUGAAUUACAACACGAACAGAAGAUAGGAAAUUGGAUUGAAAUAUUAGAUAUUUCCAAUUCUAAGGUCCCAAUCUUGUUCGACGGUGUAUAUUAGAAAGGGAAAAAAGUUGGGAGAUGGAAUAUAGGUUUUAUGAGAUCCUAAUUUUAUGAACGCUAUGGAAUACAUUCAUAAAUAGAUGAUUAUUCAAAGCAUUUGAUUUUAAAUAAUGAAAAUAAAAACAGUAAAGAUGUUAUUCUGGAUACAAUGUAGUUUUAAUAAUUAUACAUAUAUUAGUGGUGGUGGAUAGUAUGAUGAAACUGGUAUUAAAUCAGGCAUUUGGAUAGAAUUAUGGGAUAAUUACAAUGAUACUUCUUAAGUAACAUACUAAGGCGGGUAUAAAAAUGGAAAAAAAGUUGGUAGAUGGGAUAUUUAGUUUAACAAUGGAAAAAAAAAAAAGAUCAUGUAAUGAUUUAUUAAUAAUCUCAAUGCAUAAUAGUGGUGGUGGAUAUUAUGAUGAAUUAGAUAAUGGACUUAAGUCGGGUCAAUGGAUUGAAGUAUGGGAAGGGUUUAAAGAAAAUUCUUAAGUAACUUACAUUGGUUAAUAUAAAAAUGAGAAAAAAAUUGGUGAAUGGCAUAUUUGGUUUAAUUCUGUUAAUAGAGAAAACAUGUACAAAAUUUUAAAUGAUAAUUUAGUGGUGGUGGAUCAUAUGAUGAAGCAGGUAAUGGACUUAAAUCUGGUAUUUGGAUUGAAUUAUGGGAUAAUUUCAAAGAUACCUCUUCUAUUAAAUAUAAGGGCGAGUAUAAAAAUGGUAAAAAGGUUGGUAGAUGGGAUAUUUGGUUUAACUAUGGAAAAAAUUAAAAAAUGUAAUAUAUUAUUAUUUAGUUUAAAUUUUCAUCUUAUUUUAGUGGCGGUGGGUAAUAUCAUGAUGCAGGUAAUAGAGUUAAGUUGGGUAAUUGGGUCGAUGUAUCGAAUGAUUUCAGUGAUACUUUUUAAGUAAUAAACAAAGGAUGUUACAAAAAAGGUAAAAAGGUUGGUGAAUGGAUUAAUUUUAUGAGAAAUGAGAACAAUAUGAAUGAAGGAUUGAAUAUUAUAUCAAAAUCCUAAUAUUAUUUUUGA